GUCCUAUGUGUUCCGGAGCCACCCUCAAAUUAAUUGGUGUUAAUUUUGUGGCGACUGCGAGGCUAUGUAACACGAUGGCGGAGAAAGGAGAGAAUAGCGAGGAAAAUGUGGUUGACGAAGACCUUGUGGUGAAAAAGAACUGCACUUCUGCAAUUUGGAGUUAUUUUGGAUUCCGUAGCGACGACGUGUUACAAACACAGGUACUGUGUAAAACAUGCCGAACAGCUGUGGCAACUUCCAGAGGAAACACAACAAACCUCCAUCACCACCUGCAACACAACCAUAAAGAACUACACGAACAAUUCAAAGCUAGCCAAACUACAAAACCAAAAACGUUGAGUAGCAGCAAAUCUAAAACCUUGCAACAGUCCAUUUCUCAGAGUUUUGCGUGCGUGACUCCUUACGAGAAAACAUCCAAACGCCACGGAGAAAUAACAGAGGCCAUAACUCGUUAUUUGGCUAAGCCAAGGACAUGAUGCCUAUAAACACAGUGACCAAAGAUGGUUUUGUGAGUCUGAUAAGGAAACUGGACCGAAGAUACAGCAUUCCAUCACGCAAUUAUUUUUCCCAAGUCGCCAUUCCAAAAAUGUACGACACAUGCAGGAAGACAGUGGAAUCGGAACUGGGUCAAAUUGAACACUACGCCUGUACCACAGAUCUUUGGUCCAGUCGAACGACAGAGCCCUACAUCAGCCUCACUGUACACUUCCUGGAUCAAGACUUUGAACUGAAAACGCGAUGUCUACAGACAGCCUACUUCCCCGGAGAACACACUGGGGAAAACAUUGCGUGUGGACUACGUGAGGCUUUGACCAGCUGGAAUUUGCGGGAAGAGCAGCUAGCUUGCAUCACCACCGACAACGGGUCAAACGUUGUGAAGGCCACCGAACUCAACCACUGGGUCAGACUUCAGUGUUUUGGCCACAGGCUGCAUCUUGCCAUCGAAAAUGCUGUUAAAGAUGACAGCCGCAUUGCCCGUGCUGCUGGGCUUUGUAAAAAAUUGGUGGAACAUUUCUCCCACAGCUGGAAGCAGAAGAUGGCACUGAAAGAAGCACAACAGGAGCACAACCUCCCAGAGGACUCACUCAUCACAGAAUGCCCAACUAGGUGGGGCUCGAGGCAAAAGAUGAUGGAGAGGAUCUUGGAGCAGCGGCAAGCCAUAUCUAAUGUCCUCUCGGCAGACCGAAAAACACGGCAUCUGGUUCCCUCCUGGCAGGACCUGGAUGUACUGGAGUCUGUAAACCUGGCAUUACACCCUUUGCAAGUAUUUACUGAUGCUCUUUCCGGGGAAAGCUAUGUGAGUGUUUCAUAUGUGAAACCAGUCCUUCAUCUCUUGAAUACAUCAGUUCUUGCAGAAAAGGAAGAUGACACCAAUUUAACCAAGACCAUUAAAGUGAAAAUCCUGGAUUACAUGAAUACAAAGUAUGAUGACCCAGCAACACAAGAACUUCUGGACACUGCAUCCUUCAUGGACCCCAGGUUCAAGGUCAGCUACAUCAGCAGCGAAAAAGUCCAAGACAUCAAGACCAGGGUGAUGUCAGAAAUGAAAGAAACAGCACGGAAGGAGGGAACACCUUCUGACAACACUGAGGCCCAAAGCAUGGAUCCACCCAGCAACAAGAAGGCAAAGCGAUCAUUGGGCAGUUUGCUCAAAACAAGUCCAGGCCCCACCACUCCCACCGCAUCUUCCAUGCAGCUGGAGCAAGCUCUUGAAGCUGAACUUAACAGCUACUUGCUGUCCCCCACCAUUGACAGUGAGGCAGACCCUUUGGCUUGGUGGAAACUCCACCAGGUCACCUACUCAAAGCUGAGCAAACUAGCUCGGAGGUAUCUUUGUAUACCUGCCACUAGUUCACCCUCUGAGAGGCUAUUCAGCACAUCAGGGAAUGUGGUAACAUGUCAACGUGCAUGUUUGAAACCCAGCAAAGUCAACAUGCUGGUUUUCUUGGCCAAGAACUUGCCCUAAAGAAUAACUUGCCAUAAGGGGUAGAUUUUUUUUUUCCUGAUUGUAUCUUGAUUUAGUUAUUUCAAUUUUCCCCCGCAUACUAUAGAUCUCUGCACCUUGUUGGGCGGAGUCGAGGGCCUUGAUGAUUGUAAUGGGAGACAUUAGUUAUUUUAAAUUGCCAUGCCCAUGUUUAAUUUAUAUUUAUUUAAUUAUUUAAGUUGUUUUCCCCCAGAUAUUUUUUUAUUUCAAGAGUUCAAUGUUUUUGUUCAGUUUAGAAGAAAAUAUUUUAAAUAGAGCAGGGGAAAUUAAACUUUGUUGGGUGUUCAUGUUGUGCACUUUGUUCAAUAAAAGUUAAAUAAAAUAA